ACCAUUAAAUAACACUCUUAAAUAACAAUGAUGCCUAUUCGCUGAAGAUAAUUAUGGAAUGCAUUCAUUUAUUCCGUGAAACAACAUUAUUUUCGUCCAUUUCGUUACCCUGUUUAUUUCUUAUGUCUGUCUUAAUUAAUCAAAUCCCCGUAGUAGUAUGCGUUUUACCACUUAACCUCUUCCGUUGGCAUGGAGACAAGAAUACACUCGCGAGGAAAUAUGGCCAGUUUUGUUAGACUUCGAUACCAGUUUCGGCAAAUAAAAGAAGAGUUUUUUACGAGAAACAGGAUUGCUGAGGACAACAGAUACAAAGAGAACCUUGCGGCUAUCCAGAUCCAAAGCUGGUUUCGGGGUUGCCAAGUGCGGGCUUAUUUUAGACACCUCCACAGAAAUGCAACCAUUGUCCAGAGGAUGUGGCGAGGAUACACAGCAAGGGCCUGCUUCAGACAAAUGAUGACGACAGCAUUUUUUUUGACGAAGAUGAACUUCUACAGUGACAUGGCUGUCAGGAUACAACAAAGAUGGAGGGGAUACUACGUCCGGAAGUAUAUACAUAAUUACCAUGCAAGACAGCAGUAUUUGGAAGGGCUGGCAAGAAAGAAUGAGCAAGUUAGGAGAGACCUGGAGGAGUUUGACGAACUACAGAGGAGGGUGAGGGAGCACUCAAAUAUGGAGAGAGAUGAGCAGGAAAAGCAGGACCAGGCCCAGAGGAUGCACUACCUUCUCAGCACUUACCAGUGUCCUGGUGUGUUCAACUCCCCAAUCAGAGGUCAACCUCAUGAGAUGGAGCUGAGAAUGAGGAGCAUUAGGCCUCUGCUCAUCAAGGCUGUGCCCCAAAAGAAGCUACUCAAGGGGAACCAUGACCCUUCCAUCCCUGUGGCCUCCCUCAAUCUCUGUGCCACGCAGCCCCUACCACCUAUUCCCAGCAAGAUUCCACAGCCUCUCCCAAUGGGUGGAGUUGGCAAGAAAAGGAGAAAAGGAAAUGAUCUAAUCAGCCAAUCGUGUGGCAGCAGUGCAAUGCAUGAAAUCAUGCAGUUACAGGGGCCUUUCCGCAAGGCGGCUGAGGUGCAUCAGCAACGCUACCGGCCCCUUGAGCCAACUCUUCGGGUGGCCACAUCCAUCACUGCACUGGAAGACGCCAGGAAAGAGCUGUGAACGGGUCACAUCUCAGCCCAACCAGAUGAAGAUGCAGAAUAAACACCAAGUACACCACCAGCUGAGGAUCAACUCACAGAAGGUACCCAAAGAAUCUGUUUGUGAAUGGCAUCUUCAUUGUAUGUAGUUUGUGUGGUGCUUUCAAUAAAUUCCUGAAUCAAAAAAUG